GAUCCCUUCUCGCUCUCCUCUGCAUCUUGGGACCGCCGUCCAGACCUUCUUCACGUCAUCUGAACCCUUCGUUCCCUUGUCCGCGCGUUCGUCCCUUUGUGUUACGCUGCGCCAAUCGUGCAUGUCCGCUUGAAUCUCGUGCCCGCGUCAUUGCCAGCCCAAUUCGCGCAGUCGCACAAGCUGUCGGACCUCGUCGGCCAGCGUCAUUUUCGCCGUCCCCGUUCUACUCGCGGUCUCACGUCGCCCGUCCGCAGCUUAUAUGAUGUCUCGGGACUCUUGACAUGUCGAACACCGCCCGCAGACAAUCGAAUUCGUCGGCUCUCCGUUACUCGGCCGACUUCGCCUCCGAUCGGUCCCCGCUGCAGAAGGUAGAGUCGAUUGUGAACGGAAUGCGCCAAGACAUGAGCAAGGAAGAGAAGCGCGCGAGACUGCUCGAGGCCGAGGAGCGGCUGGCGGCAAGUCGGCGCAAGGGACCAGUGCAUAGCAGCAACAGUGGGGGGAAUGCGACCACGGCGCAGAGACCUGGCCGCUAUACCGAAGACCCCAAUGUGGCCGACGAGCCGGCGCAGAGCAGGCCUUUAGAAAGAUCGGUAACGACAAGAACGGACUACAGGACAGAAGCUCCGCCUGCCUCGACAAGCGCUCUUUCGCCGUCUGAAAUGCGCAGACAAGCUCGCGCAAGGCUGUCCAACCAAGCAGAGCCUUUGCAAGACUAUUCGGUUGUGAGAAACGACAGCCGUCGGCGUUCGGAUGGCGUACAACCUCGCGUCCUCUCGAAGCCCCCUCCCCACGACACCCGGGCUGUCUCCGACCCAUACAGCCAACCGCCAGCUCGCCAGAGAUCGGUUCGCGAAGGUCGUGUUUUUGAUGCAGAUCCCGACUAUGUGGAGUCUGGCUACAACAAGCCGAUGAUGUCCGCGGAACGGCAGCAAGACUACCCUCCUCAUGGCUACGGUCGCGACGAAGACGUCGAUGCUCAAUUCAGAGGCACAUCCUCGGGCGGCGUGCUUGGCCGUGUGAAGAGCAUCUUUAAGCGGAACAAGCGGCGCGACUCGAUGCCUGCCCAGGAACAAUACUCUGCACCUGAUGCUUAUGAGCCAGCGGCUGAUUCAAAACAACACCACCACCACUUGCAUUUCCACAAUAAUGAGGACCACGCCCGCAGAUACCAGAGUCCCAGGUACAGGGACUACAGGCAGGACGCGCAGACUGCUAGUAUAGGGGCUACAGAUACCGCACAAGCUGCACAGGAUCCAUCCGCGGCGCCUUUAAUCCCUGCUGCAAAAGUGCAAGAUAACAGGGCUUGGUGGGAAAAGCCCCCUCCUUCAUCUACGUCCAGACGACGAUCUAUGGGUCCUGGAGCGGGAGAGGGUACAGCUGCUGCCCAAGAUUCAGCUGCUGCUGUACCAGCUGCCAAACAGCCUGUUACUACCAAUAGACGCGCCGAAACCCAUCAGACUUCGUACCAGCAACCACAACCGGGGCAGCAGACGUAUUUCCAGCCGCAGUUGUACCUCAAAUGCGGUCCUCUCCUCCGCUUUACAGGUCUCCGGAAGUCGUCCCAGACGCCAAACAAGGAUGUCUGGACGGGCAGCAUCAUGAUCGUGACUCUCGACUCGAAGUCACGAUAUGAUACGCCGCCCAGUUUACGAAUCUUCAAGCAACCUGUCGAUUUAUUACCACCACCACCUGGUCACAUCGACGAGGCAAGUGGGCAACAGUUGCCGCCGGAAUACGUAGACCCCGUCGCAGGUCAGAUCAAGAUGUCCCGAGUUGGCAAGACACUGUAUGUCAAGCCCGUGGAGACGUUGGACGAGAAAAGGGACCUCUCGCGCAUCGAAGACGAUUCUGGUCUAUUCGAGGAGCAACGGAGUCAGCCUCUGCAGCCACCCUCUGGAAAGGGUACCACGGGAGGCUUGCGUUCCGUAGGCCAAGACGGCGAGCUUCGUGGCAAAUUCCAAGACAUACCGGCUUACGUUCUAUACAAAGAACGCGGCGUGACAUUCUGGAAAUGGAAUCUUGAAAUUGGGCUCUCGGACCGCCAGCUCCGCCUUGCGUACCGUAUCAACCGCGGACCUGCGGUCGGCUUUUGGGUUCCUGCCCGUGGUGAGACCAUGAACAUAAUGUUUCACACUUGCAAUGGGUUCAGUCUCUCCGUCGAACCGGACGAGUUCUCAGGUCCGGAUCCGCUAUGGCGGGACGUACUGAACGCGCACCAGACCCGGCCAUUCCACGCGAUGAUUGGUGGCGGUGACCAGAUUUACAUGGACGCCGCGACAGUGCAGACGAAAUACUUUGGCGAAUGGGCCAAUUCCAAGAAUCCACACUACAAGCAUAACGCGCCCUUCACGGCGGAGAUGCAAGAGGAGCUGGAAAAGUUCUACCUCAAUCGGUACUCGAUGUGGUUUUCCCAGGGCAUGUUUGGACUCGCCAACUCGCAGAUUCCAAUGAUCAACAUGUGGGACGAUCACGACAUCAUCGACGGCUUUGGUAGCUAUCCCGACCACACGAUGUCAUGCCCAGUCAUGAGCGGCAUUGGCAACGUUGCGUUCAAGUAUUACAUGCUCUUCCAACAUCAGUCGCUGCCGAUCGAGGACCAGGCCACGGAGCCGUCGUGGCUGCUCGGCGCGGAGCGAGGACCGUAUAUCACGGAGCUGAGCCGAAGCCUGUUCAUGUGGCUGGGACGACGGACAGCCUUGCUGGCGUUGGAUUGUAGGACGGAGCGGACGAGGGACGAAAUUUUGUCGCAAGGCACGUGGGAUUUGGUUUUCGAACGACUACGAAAGGAGAUCGUUAAGGGAGAGACGCACCAUCUCCUUGUGCUGCUUGGCGUGCCUAUCGCGUACCCACGCCUAAACUUUCUUGAAAACAUCCUCACUUCGAGAUUGAUGGAUCCUGUCAAAGCACUCGGACGUACCGGCGUUCUUGGCGGAUUUGUCAACAAGUUCGACGGGGGCGCGGAAAUCUUGGACGACCUAGACGACCAUUGGACGGCCAAGCACCACAAGGACGAGCGCAACUGGUUCAUCCAGGAAUUGCAGGAACUGGCUGCUGACCUUUCGGUUCGAAUAACGAUUCUGAGUGGUGACGUGCAUCUUUGCGCCGUUGGGCAGUUUUACAGCAACAAGACUCUUGGUAUACCCAAGGACCAAGAUCACCGCUACAUGCCCAACGUCAUCUCCUCUGCUAUUGUAAACACGCCACCCGCGGAUAUGGUUGCUGACGUGCUGAACAAGCGCAACAAGGUGCACCAUCUGGACGACGAAACAGAUGAAGACAUGGUGCCCAUAUUCUCCGAGGACGUCAAUAACAAGGCGAGAAACAACAAGCAUUUGCUGCCCAGAAGGAACUGGUGCUCGAUCAGAGAGUACAAACCUGAGAUGACGCCGCCGCCGACGCCGAGCCCUCCUAUGACCCCAGACGGAUCGUACAAGCAGAGACCUGGUUUGACACGAUCACUCUCUCUCGGACGCGGUCCCAGUUUACCCGGCGCUGGUCUUAUUCGACGGUUGAGUCAACGUGGUCAGCGAAACUCGGUCUCGCACCCACCAGUCGCGUUCAAUCAACGUAUGCACGAUCCAGAAUACUACAAUCGGCGAGCAAGCACUGAUGCUGUGAGACGCGGGUCCGCCGACAUCAGCAGAGCGCGAGGAGCUGAGCAUGUUUCUGAGAGUGAUCUUGCUCGUGGACCAGCAAAUGAGAGGCCGAAUCCAUUCAUGCGGCGCCCCACGAUAGUGCUUCCUAACAAUCCGAAGUAUAUGGUCAACUUACGUGGCGGUUUGGAUAUUCGUCUCAACUGCGAGAAUGAGCGUGGCGAUCCCGCAGGCACCACAACAGAGUACAGGCUCAUCGUACCGACAUUGGACUAUCGUGGCGACGGUGACCCAAAUCCGGAGGAGGUCAAACCGCAGAGCAGGCUAAGCAAGUUGUUCAGAUCGGCGACGUCCAGACGCGCACAGCCUAAUUACUCUGAAGAGUCGCUUACGCCACCACCGUCCGUGCAUCAGCACAACAAGCCUCCUCCAUCCCGGCCCACAAAUGAUUCGUUUGACUCCAUUCAGCAAGAGCCCGUUCCUGUUGCGGCGAUACACCAGCGUCAUGCUCGACGCGAUAGCCUGAACCCGCCCGAGCAAGUCGUCAAGGGACCAAACGGUCUCCCCACCAAGUCGAAGAAAGCGGAACGGCCCGUCGCAAAUUCGAGCGCGCCCGUUCCCUCCGUUGCGCAAACAGGCCCGACACCUUCCACGGGCUUCAGUAUGCGCAGACAGGACCCGCCACAGGCGCAGCAGCAGAGACGCUCUCAGCAAUAUACCGUUUCGCCUCGUGCCGAGACCUAUGCGGGCCCGAACACGAUCAUCCCAGAUCAUCUGCCGCCGCCGCCGCCUGGCCAGCCACCCGCAUCUACUACCCAGAGGGCUGUACUGACAGGAGACCAGAGGGUUGCGAGCGACUCCAGGUACUCGGCCAGGAGGACGUCUGAGGGACAAACCGUCGGAGAGAAGAAGAGAGCUAGCGCAGGAAACGGAGGGGCCGGAUACGUAUGAUUAUCUACAGAUCGUUUACGUCCUAUUUUCACACACCAUCGCGCACGUCCUCAUUCAGCAUACAGAGCAUGUUCUUUGUUCGAGCGUGGAGCAGGUGGAGUUUUUCUGUUGAGCGGUUUUCUUUUUACAAAAAAAAAAUAAUCUCUUCUGAUAGGCGGCGUUCGAAAUGAAAAAGAAAAGCACUUCCCGAG